UGUCCCAGCACUGAGUGCUGGGGGGUUGCAGUGGCUGGAGGGAGGUAGUGUUAUCUUGGGGAUCCAGGCUGUCCCUCAAUUCUAGCCUUGCUCCAGACCUAGCACUAGUGUUUGGUACAAACUGUAACAAACCGUCCUGCGCUGGGGGAGCCACCCAAAAGUGAAACCCUUUCGCAUGGGAACCCAAUGCAACCUAGAUGCCCCCAGCCUGGAUUUUUGCUCAGUCUUUAUCCCAGAUCAAAUCCACCUGCCCCAGGUAAGAUCGAUCUCUCUCUCUUUCUCCAGCUCAGACCCCAACUCACCACCAACCUCACAGUCUCCCUCCUCCCCACAAUUCAGAACUUGGCAAAUCUCCAAUACAGGACUCACCAACCAAGCCCCCAAAUCCCCACAGUUGACCAUCUCCCUGUAGUUUGGCCCCCAGAUCAGCACCCAACCCCUCAGCCAGAUUCCCAAAUCCAUUCCGCAGUGAGACACCACAUCUAGCCCAUUUCCACCAACCUCGCACCCUCCCUGGCCUGAGCUCCACCAUCUCCCCAACGUACUGGGGCAGGAACCUUCAUAUCGGGCACCGGGUGCGAGAGGGGCCGUUUUGCUGUGACACCUUCCCCAGUGCGCAGGCGCCGAGUGAGCCUGAGUGCUGCCACCGGGAGUCCCCGGCCCGGGAUGUCCGCGCUGUGCGACCCCCCGGGGGCGGCGCCGCCAGGGCCGCCCCAGAACCCGGCCCACGGGGCCCACGCGCCGCUCAGUUCCCAGGAGCUGGCCCAGGAGAUCAAAGCCUUCCUGAGUGGUGUGGACCCUGUGCAUGGUAACAAGCUGACCAUCAAGGAACAUGCCCGCUGUGCCAUCCUGCUGCUGCGCAGCCUGCCACCUGCACGCAGCGCCGUGCUGGACCAUCUGCGCAAUGUCUUUGACGAGUAUGUCUGCACCUACCUGUUGGAGCUGGAGAGCAGUGAGGGAGGGCUGGGCACGAGGCGGGCUCAGGGGCCCAACCUGGACGACGUUGUGCAGGAGAUCCAGAAUGUGCUGUCUGAGUUUGUCCGCAUGAACCCCAAGGCCUGGGCACCUGUGGUAUCAGCCUGGUCCAUUGACCUGAUGGGGCAGCUGAGCAGCAAGUAUGCAGGGCGGCACGGUGUGCCUCACGCCUCCAGCCUCAAUGAGCUGCUGCAGCUGUGGAUGUCGUGCAAGGCCACUCGGACGCUGAUGGACAUCUACACCCAGUGCCUGUCCUCCAUGAUCAGCACCUGCCCCGAUGCCUGUGUGGAUGCCCUGCUGGACACCUCAGUGCAGCAUUCUCCGCACUUUGACUGGGUGGUGGCUCACAUCGGCUCUUCUUUCCCCAACACCAUCAUCAGCCGUGUCCUCUCCUGCGGCCUCAAGGACUUCUGUGUCCAUGGGGCAGCCCCUGUCGACCUGCUCUUCCCCACUGCUGCUGACAAGCGGGUGCCCAAGAUUGCCUCGGUGGUGGGCAUCCUGGGUCACCUGGCCUCACGCCACUCAGACAGCAUCAAGCAGGAGCUGCUGCGGAUGUUCCAUGAGAGCCUGGGACCUGUGCGUGACCAGCAGCAGAAAGCUACGGUGCCUUUCCUGCUGCAGCUGGCAGUCAUGUCGCCCAUGCUGCUGGGGACCAUCUCCUCCGAGCUGGUGGACUCCCUCAAGCCGAGCGUGCUGAGCCAGCUGCACCAGCACUUUGCUGCGCUGCCCCGCGAGGACCUGGAGAACAUGGUGAGCAUCGUGGUGCAUCUCAUCUGCCAGACGUCAGCAGGGGCCUACCGUAUCCUGCAGUUCCUGGUCAACACGGCCAUGCCAGCCUCGGUCAUCACCACGCCAGGGCUGGCUGUCCAUGACAGCGUGCGCGAGGCCUGUGACCGCAUCAUCCAGCUGUUGCUGCUCAACCUGCAGAAGCUGGUGUACAACCGGGGCUCGGCCAGCCUGGGGGAUCCUCCGCCCCGGGCUGUGCCCUUCCUGGAUGAGCUGAAGGGCCACGUGCGGGAGCUGUGCGUGGAGACACUGCGGCUAGAGCGCAAGCGCUUCCUGUGGCAGCACCAGCUGCUGGGGCUCCUCUCAGUCUACUGCACCCCCAGCUGCGCCACUGACGCUCUCUUCUACCUGCUGACGCUGGCCCGGAGCCAGGAGGAACUGGGCCUGGCCACGCAGCUCUACGCUGUGCUGAGCUCCUGUAUGAGCGACCUGCUGCCAGCCACUGUCAAGAAGUGCGUGUGCCAGAUCCACAUGGGGGGGCUGUCGGAGCAGCACAUGGUGCAGCUGUUCAACAACCUGGCGCUGAUUGUGCAGUGGGAGGGGGAGGGCCCUGCCUCCAUGAGCGCCCAGCUUGGGCCUGUCCUCUCUCUGCACCUCUACGACCUCGGGCAGCUGCUACUGCAUCGCAAUCCUGAAGUGGCUGAGGCUGCCUCCCUGCUGCUUUCUGUCUGCCCCUUGCCCCGGGCCAUCCGGCCAGCUCACCUGCUUGUCAUCAUCCGCUCAGCUGUGCACCAGUUCUUCCUGGUGCUGCACCGCCAGUGCCCCACGGGCAUCAGCUACAGCACCCGGCUGCUCUCCCGUCUUAGUGGGGCCUCUCCAGCUGCCAUGAAGGCCAUCCUGCAGCAGCUGGUGGAGGGAGCCCUGCACCCAGGGAAUGCCGAGCUGUUUGGAGGCCUGGCCGAGCCGCCUGCUGGGGAUGACGCCAGUCUGGAAGGCACCAGGAUCUCCCUGUUGGACAUCAACCGGCGCUUCACGACUGCCGUCAACUUCUCUGGCAGCGUGUGGUCAGUAUUCCAUGCGGGGGUGAUUGGGCGCGGGCUGAAGCCACCCCAGCCUGCCCGGCGGCAGGAGCCUGAGGAGAUUGUGCACAAUGUCCAGAACUUCCUCAGCCUGCUGCUGCGCUGCUGCCGGGGUGGGCGCUAUGGUGCGCCUGAACCCCCAGCCCACACGGCGGCUGUCAACCCCGAGGCAGCCAAGGCAGUGGCCGUGGUGCUGGUGGAGAGCGUCUGCCCAGACGUCACCAACAGUGAGCUGGGCUGGCCGCCCGAGGAGCACACCCGCAGCACAGUGGAGCGUGACAUCCAGAUUUGCCGGCGCUUCCGCGACAACCCACUGCUCUUCCAGCUGCUGAGGCUGGUGGCAGCCGGCCCCCCAGCCCUGUGCUACUGCUCGGUGCUGUUGCGCGGCCUGCUAGCCACCCUCAUGGCCCAUUGGGAGGCCUCACGCCACGGUGACACCACCAGCUCGCCAUGGCACCUGCACGCCUCCUGCGCCCUGGUGGCCUGCAUGGCUGAGGGCUCCCUGCUGCCGCCUGUGCUUGGCAACAUGCACGAGAUCUUCCACCAGCUGGUGCCCUUCGAGGUGCAUCUGCUGCUGCUGAGCGUCUGGGACUACAUGCGGGACAACAGCCCCCUCCCCCAGAAGUUCACCUUCCAGGCCGACAAGGGGCUCUUCUUCCGCGACUUCUCCCGUGACUGCGAUGUUGGGAAGUACCUCUGCGUGCUGCACAGUGUGCUGCACAAGAACAUCGACCGCCUGGGGCUGCUGUCAGGGCGCUUCCAGACCUAGCGCUGCCCCCCAGCUUGAGACAGUCCUGGACUCCCCCCACCUCCCAGGGCACAGCCACCCUUGCCAUCUUAGGACAGUCCCAGACUUAGCUCCUGCCCCACUCCUAGGACACUGCAGUGCCUGCUUGAGUGGGGGAGAUGGGACAUUUGACUCUUUUUUUUUUCUUUUUUUUUUAACUAAUUAAGAAUAACUGUAAAAUUCUCCCAGGGUUCAGUGAGGGGGGUCACGGCACCUCCCACCCAGUCCCUGGAGCUGCAGGCAGAAGCUGGCAUAGCUGGCACUGGGGAAACUUCACCCCCUUGACAGUUUCUCUCAGGGAUUGGGAGCUUUUGUUUCUGGUUCCAGGGGGCUUGAUGGCCCAGGUUUGGGCUGCCCUGGGGUAGUGAAGGGCCCUGUGCCACCCACGCUGAGGCACUGAGCAUGCUCAGCAGGUCUCAGGGCCACAUCAGCUCACUGCAAGUGCUCCCAAGCUGCUGGGCUCUUGUCUCCUCACCCCCUGUUGGGGGAUUACAGCAGGGUCUUUGCCCUGGGACCCAGCUAGAGAAACUGGCUGGGGGUGGGAGGUGGGGGAUGCAGAUGUGUUCAGUACUUCUGCUCCAGUCUAGCUUCUUCUCCCACUCCCUGGUGCUGCUGAGCUGGGCCUGGGUAGAUUCUGUUCCUGCUCUGUUUUUAGAGCUGCUGUGGACAAGGGGGUCUUAAUAGAGGGUAGACACCUGGGGGCCAAAACCAGCCUCCACCUCCAUCUACCACUGUUGGGUGGGUUCCGCUCUGUGUAGGAGGGGCUGUAUGCUGGAGCAGCCUGGCUCAAUCAUCUUCCGGGCCACCAUCUCUCUAUUGUCCUGGCCCACAACCACAUCCUGCUUUGGGAUCAAUGGAACAAGAAUUGUCUGAAGACCCCAGCUAUUCAGGGUGCCACAUCCCACGCUGGGGGCACAAACCCCAGCUCAAUCUGCUGUCGCCAUUGCCAAUUCCUUCUCCUUUUCAAAAUAAAGACUGAGAAGGGAAUGUUGCCCCUGCAGUUGGUGUUGGGGGUGUGUGGGAGGGUAGUCCCCAGCACCUGCAGCUUGCGGGUUGAGGAAGUUGUAGCAGAGGAGCGGAGACAUGUUGGGGGCCUCUGUGUUUGGGAAAGGUGUGCAUGUGGACUGGGCAUGAGGGGGCUAGGGGUGUGACUGGAUGUGUUGCUAGCAGAAGAUGUGAUGGGGGCGGGGGGCAGGAUGCCUGGGUUCCGUUCCCAGCUCUGCCUCGCACUGGCUGUGUGAUCGCAGGGGUGAGGGGGGUAGGCAUGUGGCGAGGUAGGUGGGGGAGUGUGUGCCACGCCCUGGCUGGCAGCGGAAGCCCCCUCCUCCCGCUAUGACUGAGCCAUGUCUGUUCCCUGCCUCUGAGCUCAGCCCCCCUGCGUCUGGGUCACAGGGGAGCUGUAACUUCUGCUCCAGCUGCCUGUGCGGUCCCCCCCAGCACGGCUGGGCCCCGGGGGCUCCAGCCAGCCGGGCCCCGCCGCGGAGCCGGGGGUCUGUCUCCGUGCGGGUGACCUGGCGAAGCGUCAGCCCGCCCGGCUGGCCAAGCGCUGCCCGGCGCUGCCGGGCAGGACUGAGCAGAGCCUGGCGCGGCUGGGGCAGAGCCGGGAUCCCAAUAGGGCCAGGGCAGGGGACCCCGCUGGCCGUGGGGGCCUAGCCCAGGCUCGCCCUGGGCGUGAGCAGCAGCCGCUGACCGUCACCUUGGCCUGGGGCCCGGAACAGAACGGGACCCGACGCUCAUUAAUA